UGAAUUAAUUUCCCAAGGUAAUUAUUGGUGGUUGUUUAAUGCCGCAGGUCUGAGUCCCCCUCUCUCUGCUCCACGGAGCCGCGCGUCGGGACCUCGGCAGCCGCAGCAGCCGCCUCUGCCUCCGCCUCCUGCCUCCGUCUCCUCGCUCUCGCGCGACCCGGCGGUUUUAUGUCUUUAUUUUGCGAACACGAGCUGUUUGGCAGCCAUUGCAACCGAAGUGGAGCGAGAGGCGACGCAUUUGGGCAGAGCCACCGCGGCGCGGAAGAGAUUUUCAUGUCCGAGCCGAGGCUCCGCGUCAGCUGUGUGUGUGGAGCGAGCGCCGAGACGCAGCGCCAGCAGCAGAGUAAGAAGAGCGAGCCGCGCAGCCGGAGAGGAGCAGCCGCCGCAGCAGAGCCGCUCAGCCCACCCCCCCACGCCCGCCAGCGUCGCCGCCACUACUACCGCCACUGCCACAGCAAUAGCCACAGCAGCAGCAACAGUCACAGCCCGCCGUUGGCCGCGCGCCCCCACUCGCCAUGGCGCUCAACGUUAAUCGCAGCGUGUCCGACCAAUUCUACCGCUACAAGAUGCCACGACUUAUAGCGAAGGUCGAAGGAAAGGGAAAUGGCAUCAAGACAGUGGUUGUGAACAUGGUUGAUGUUGCCAAGGCUUUGAAUCGGCCUCCAACAUAUCCAACCAAGUACUUCGGCUGCGAGCUGGGGGCACAGACCCAGUUUGACGCUAAGAACGAGCGCUACAUAGUGAAUGGCUCGCACGAGUCGAACCGCCUGCAGGACAUGCUCGACGGAUUCAUCAAGAAGUUCGUCCUUUGCCCAGAGUGUGAGAACCCUGAGACUGACUUGCAUGUGAACCACAAGAAGCAGACCAUCAGUCAAUCCUGCAAGGCAUGUGGCUACCGUGGCAUGCUGGACACAAAACACAAGCUCUGCACCUUCAUCCUCAAGAACCCGCCUGAGAUGAGCGAGAGCACGGCCAAGAAGGACAAGAAGGAAAGCAAGAAAGGAAAAGGCGAGAAGAAUGGCUCAGUCUCGAGCGCUGCGGCGGAGAACGCAAACCAGCGUGCCAACGGAGAGGACAUCGAUGUCCCUGAGGUGGCUGGCACAGUCGAUGACGACGACUGGUGUGAUGACACGUCUGAGGAGGCGCAACGGCGCCGCAUGGACGAGAUGAGUGAGCACGCCAAGAUUCUCACCAUGACCGAUGACCUGGAGAAGCCCCUGGAGGAGAGGGUCAACAUUUUUUAUGACUUUGUCAAGCACAAGCGCGAUGAGGGCGUCCUCGAGGGCGCAGACAAGGAGCUGGUGGCCGAGGCAGAGCGGCUGGAGGUGCGCAACAUGGCGCCACUCAUCCUGUCAGAGCUGCUGCUCAACGAAAACAUCCGCGACCAGCUCAAGAAGUACAAGCGCCACUUCCUGCGUUUUUGCCACCGCAACCUGAAGGCCCAGAAGUACCUUCUGGGUGGGUUUGAGUGCGUGGUGCGCGUCCACCGGGACCAGCUGUUGCCCAAGGUGGCGCACGUUCUCAAGGACAUGUACGACUCGGACCUGUUGGAGGAGGAGGCCAUCCUUGGCUGGCACGAUAAGGUUUCAAAGAAAUACGUGUCGAAAGAGCUGGCCAAGGACAUCCGUACCAAGGCGGCCCCCUUUGUCAACUGGCUCAAAGAGGCUGAGGAGGAGUCUGAGGAUGGCGAGGACGAUGAAGACGACGAUGACAAGGAUGUGGAGGUGGUGUACGAUGAGAAGACCACCCACCUGAAGGUGGAAACCAUCAAGAAGCCAGUGCAGGCGGAGGAGGAGGCAGAUGUCGACAUAGACGCUAUCUGAUACCCGCAGCGUGCGCAACCAGAACGGAUCCCACAACGCGCAGUGGCAGAAGGCGCCACUGCGUGCGUGGUGCUCGCCAGCACGAGAGUCACGCACCCCACCGUUGCCCCCCCUCCUCCCUUGCUGGCGCUGUUGUAGUCUAGAGCGCAGGCUCACAAGCUGCUGCGUACAUCGCUUCCGCAUGAUGCCCGUACAGGCAUGACACCCCCCCCCCCGCUGCCUUGCAACGUGCGUGGCUAUCUCGUGCCACCACACUCCGGAUUCUGCAUUCUCUCGUGCUACCAGGCCUCUUCACUCGCCUGCCUUCCCUCUCACCCCUGCAUCCACGGCUUACAACUGGUGGCAUGGCUAUUAUUAGUCGAGUACUUGUGUGUUUUUUGAUAAUCGUAAACGGUGUUGCUGAUUGUAGUUAAUGUACUUCUAGGUCGGUGAUGGUAUAAAGGAAGAAAGUGCUUUUUUUCUUUUAUGAAUGCUUCACAAAUAAAAUUUUGCCUGUUUGCGUUACUGAGUAAACCGAGCUGCUUGGCAGUCUCUUCUGUCUGAAUAAAAAAUUGUGCUAAUGAAA